GUCUAAUACAAAUCUGAUUUUAUUUUUCUUCUCAUAAUAGUAGUAACUAGGAUUCUGUUUUGAAUCUUAAAAACCAAUAAAAGAAACUCAAAGAUAUAAAGCUUGUAAGAGUGUGGAAAGUAUAUAAUCUUGAUCUUCUACCAACGUCUAUGUUUCCUGUAAUUAUUCCUGUAAUAUUGUAUUCCCUUUCUUGCCUUCAGCUCUGUGCAUAUAAGAACAGAGCAACCAAUCAAUUGUAUAUACAAGUUCAAUACUCAGUAAAGCAAAGGUGAUAUAUUGAAUUGAUAAAAAGAGGCAAUAUAUCUACAAAUACUACAAUACAAUGAAGACGAAUUGCAAGAUUGGAUUCAUGAGCUUCCUAAUGAUUGCUUCAGUACUCAUCAUAUUGCUCACGGUUCCAGCCAAAGUUGAAGCCGAGCCACAAUGCAUUGGACUGUGUGGAAUGAUUCUUGACUGUACGACUGCUUGCAUCAGGAUGGGAUACCAUUUUGGCCAAUGCGUUGGCUUUAAUGAUCCGUAUCAAUGUUGUUGUGACCAUUAA